GCCCUGGAGGAAGUGCUUCAUCGUGUUCUAACUGUCCUUCUGGGAAAGAAGUGGCACCUAGUUAUAUUGGUACUUCAGAAAGUGACUGUUCUUUCAGGGAAGAGAUAGGGGAAAACUUAAUUCUAAACCUGUCGUGUGAUGAUGGAGAAUACCUAGAGAUAGAGAACGCAAAAUACUGGGCACCUCAUUUUUCGUUAUGUACUAUACUUGAAAAUGCUUUUCCUCAAACUAGGGAUCAUUGCCGUUAUAAGGGAUCAUGUUCGCUAGACACGACCCCGAAUAGAUUCUAUGUUGAUCCAUGCUGGGGUCAGUGGAAGAAACUGAUAGUAUGGUACAAGUGCCAGACAUGUGACGAGGGAGAACUGUUACUUGAGGGGGUAGGGUGUGAAGAAGUUCCAGUUGACGGAGGCUGGUCUGAAUUCUCGGAAUGGUCUGAGUGCUCGGCUGCAUGCGGAGGAGGAUCUCAAAGUAGAAGCAAAAGUUGUUCCAACCCUGCUCCAGAAAAUGGAGGGGCUGAUUGCGAUGGAGACGAUUCGGAAUCUCAAGACUGCAAUGCUGACCCUUGCCCAGUUGACGGAGGAUGGUCUGACUUUUCUGAUUGGUCUGAGUGCUCGGUUGCAUGCGGAGGAGGAUCUCAAAGUAGAAGCAAAAGUUGUUCCAACCCUGCUCCAAAAAAUGGAGGGGCUGAUUGCGAUGGAGACGAUUCGGAAUCUCAAGACUGCAACGCUGACCCUUGCCCCGUUGACGGAGGAUGGUCUGACUUUUCUGAUUGGUCUGAGUGCUCGGUUGCAUGCGGAGGAGGAUCUCAAAGUAGAAGCAAAAGUUGUUCCAACCCUGCUCCAGAAAAUGGAGGGGCUGAUUGCGAUGGAGACGAUUCGGAAUCUCAAGACUGCAAUGCUGACCCUUGCCCAGUUGACGGAGGAUGGUCUGACUUUUCUGAUUGGUCUGAGUGCUCGGUUGCAUGCGGAGGAGGAUCUCAAAGUAGAAGCAAAAGUUGUUCCAACCCUGCUCCAGAAAAUGGAGGGGCUGAUUGCGAUGGAGAUGAUUCGGAAUCUCAAGACUGCAACGCUGACCCUUGCCCCGUUGACGGAGGAUGGUCUGACUUUUCUGAUUGGUCUGAGUGCUCGGUUGCAUGCGGAGGAGGAUCUCAAAGUAGAAGCAAAAGUUGUUCCAACCCUGCUCCAGAAAAUGGAGGGGCUGAUUGCGAUGGAGAUGAUUCGGAAUCUCAAGACUGCAACGCUGACCCUUGCUCAGUUGACGGAGGUUGGUCUGAAUUCGGGGAAUGGUCUGAGUGCUCUGUUACAUGCGGAGGAGGAUCUCAAAGUAGAAGUAGAAGUUGUUCCAACCCUGCUCCAGAAAAAGGAGGGGCUGAUUGCGAUGGAGACGAUUCGGAAUCUCAAGCCUGCAACGCUGACCCUUGCCUUUGGAGAGACGACAAUAAAUGUGGUCCGACGGUCCCCCUCGCGGAUGGCUCUCCCAGUCAGUGUAACCCUGACCACCCAUUAGGCGCUGUUUGCUGUUCUAAGUGGGGACGAUGCACAAACAAACAAAAAUGGUGUACUUGUCUUACCUGCGUCAACUACGGCCGAAAAGAAUUAUCUCAAAACCUUUGGAGAGACGACAAUCGAUGUGGUUCGAUGUUCCCCCUCCCGGAUGGCUCUCCCAGUCAGUGUAACCCUGACCACCCAAAAGGCGCUGUUUGCUGUUCAAAGGGUGGACGGUGCUCAUCCCAAGAAAAAUGGUGUACUUGUCCUACCUGCGUCAACUACGGUCGAAAAUAGAAGUUAAGAACAUAUCGUCGCUUAGAAAAACAGCAGAUGGGCGUAAACGAAUUUGAAGCAGGAUUUGGACAAUUUCUCGUCGAGAGAGCACUAAGAUUUUGAUAUUUGUAAAGAGGUCAAACAUAUUUGUUUGAUAUAUGACAGUGCAAUUCUGAGUUUGAUCAUUAUUCAAUACUGGAAGCUUAUUUGUAGUUAUUCGCUGUCAUCUGUCACUGUCAGGAAAUAUGGAUUUCAUCCCCAUUUAUUAUAGUAGUAGUACCCAGAUCUGUACAAUGCAUUGAAAAUAUUUACAACAAA